AUGAAUAAGCAAAACAUCGAUUCGAAAAAUUACUUUGGCUCACUUCGAAGAUACAGUGAGCACUUGCAGGCAAUAGAGUCCACGUUUAAGCGCUGGGGUUACCAUCCAACAUUACUCCCCCUUAUUGACAUAGAAGCACCAUACUCUCAAUUCUUAAAAAAUAGCAAGGACCAGUUAUUUAGGGCCCUCAAUGCAGAGAGGGACCUUGUUGUGCUUCGCUCUGAUAGUACAUUGUUCCUCUCAAGAAUUCUGGGUUCUCACCUUAGCGAACACCAAGUCCCACUACGCCUCUACUAUUCUAAUGCGGUUAUGCACUCUGUAAAUCAGCAUGAUGUUGUGCAAUGGCAAAGUGGAGUUGAGCUCAUUGGGGAAAAAUCUCAACUUGCAGAAAUCGAGCUUAUUGCUUUGCUGCACAAUACCAUUUCUAAUAUGAUACCUACAUUCCAUCUUCAUAUUGGUUCCAUUGCUCUUACACAUGAAUUGCUCAAGACUAGCAACGUGAACAAUGAAAGCGAAAACUAUCCUCUCCUUAUCCAAUACAUCAAACAACAAAAACACAAGGAGCUUCAGCAAUAUGUGCAUAACAAUGUGUUAGAGCUUAUAUUUGAUAUUGUAGAUGCUAAAGAAUUUAGCCAGAAACGGAAAAAGCUUGAGAAUAUAAUGGGUAACAGCAACACUGCACUUGAAAACUAUUGUAGUUAUUUUGAGCCCUUGCUGGAGAUGGACAAAGAAAAUCGUAUUCGUUGUGAUCUCUCUGAAUUAGGAAGCCAUAGUUAUUAUAGCGAUACCAUCUACACUGUCUAUACCUCAAAGCACCCCGUCCCCCUCGCACAUGGUGGGCGUUAUGAUACAUUUCUUAAGUAUUUUGGAUUUGAUACAGCAGCUAUAGGGUUUACAUUAUUUCCUCACCUUAUCAUUGAAGACUUGGUAAACUGGAGCCCAGUGCAAGCGCAUAGAGCUAGCCCUUUUUCAGAGCUUUAUGCAGGGUCCUUUCCAAGCAAAGAAAAGAUUCUCAAAACCCUUGCUAAAUUGCAAGAUACAGACGCUGCACAGCGGAGACAUGAAACAUAG